CUAACCUAUAUUUCUCGAACAAUGCAAAUUUAAAGGGCGACAAUCUCGCGAAAGUAACAUGUCAACUCACGAAUACAUUUAUCCGAUCGACUGACAUUGACACGCGUCAUCGCGAAAAUGUUCGCCGAACCGUCCUCACGAUUUGCAGCACAAACUUGAUAUCUAUUUCGAGUGGUUAACGCGAUGCGUUAAUCGUUUAUUUAUAACAUUGCUGUGCCGCUUUUCCAGUCGUCGUUUACGAAAUCAACGUAUUGUCGCAUUUUAAAAUGUUCUAAAUUUUAUUAUUGAUUGCUUUUUUUUUUUUUUUCGCCGCGUACGAGAUAUGGAUGAGGUUUGGUUUCAUUUUUCGAAUCAGCUCGAAACAUUUCAGGUUCAAGCAUCUGUAGCAGUUCAACAAGCCCAGCAAUCGUGUAUGACAUGGCUAGCUCAGUUGCAACAGUUUAUCCUACAGCUCUGCGACGAGCAUUAUGCACAGCAUGCCAAAGAUAUUGUGCUGCAUUUGGCUACAUCUGUACAAAAGGGUUGGCAAGAAGUUCAAUUUCAAUAUUACAAUGCCCAAUGGAAUACAGUAGAUUUUUAUCGUCAAUUAGGAACCAUGUGGGCUAAUAAAGUAUCAAGAAGAGAAGCAAUAUAUUGCUUAACGGGCAUAGCAAUUGGAACUGUAAUAGGCUAUUAUAUAGGUGUACAUUGGAAACCCUCUUCUCAUCACAUACAUCAUGUAAAAGCUAUAGCUUGCCAUCACUAUUAUGGUAUCGAGGGUGUGUUGAUGGUAGACGAUGUCGAAAUGCCAACGAUCAAAAAAUCGAACGACUUAUUAAUACAAGUUAAAGCCGCUUCACUUAAUGUUAUUGAUACAAAGAUAUGUUCUGGUUAUUCUAGAAUUUAUAGAAAAUUACUUAAUUCUGGAAAAGAACUGCCUGUAACUUUAGGGAGAGAUUGUGCAGGAGUGAUAGUUGACAUUGGAAAAGGUGUUAUCAACUUUGAUAUUGGAGAUGAAGUAUUUUUAGCCGUUCCAUCGUGGGCUUCUGGCACGAUGGCGGAAUAUAUAAUCGUUCCAGAAACGCAAGUAGCAAGACGGCCUAAAUCUUGUAACUUCGAAGCAUCUGCCAGCUUACCAUAUAACGGCUGCUUGGCAUGGGAUGCUCUAGUUAAUAAAUCAGUUAUUAAUGAAGGCAAUGCCAAAGGAAAGCGAGUUCUCAUUUAUGGUGGAAGCACUCCAAUUGGUUGCAUUUUAACGCAAUUAGUUAAGUUGUGGGGUGGAUAUAUAGUAACUAUAUGCAAAAUAAAUGCAGAACCUAUAAUGAAAGCACUAGGUGCUGAUGAAGUUAUAAUAAUAAACGAAACCGAUAUUGAGAAGGAAUUACAAUUGCACGAUAAAUUUGAUGCAAUUUUUUAUACUGAUAAUCAAUCCUUUCAAGAACAUAGUUUAAAAAAAUAUUUGCUGCCUCAUGGUUCCUAUGUAUCUACUAUUCCCGAACAAUUAAGAUCGGAUUCGUUAGGAUUUAUUUGUGGAAGUAUAUUUGCUGGAUGCGUUAGGAUAAAAUUAUUGGUUCAGUAUAUGUUCGGAUUUAACAUGCAUCAGUGGAAGGAGGGCGCAAAAUUGAAUGUUGCAUAUCUGCGAGCUUUAUGCGAAUUGACAGAUGCGUAUCAAUUGCAAACAGUUGUAGAUAGAGUGUAUGCACCAUACAAUAUUGAGCGAGCAUUGCUCCAUGUUUUAGAUUCGAAUUCUAUCGGUAGUACGAUUAUUACGUUUCAGUGACAUUUCAUUGCCAUUAGAAAAAAAAUUUCUUCCACGAUUACCUCUUUUGUAUAUAACAUUAAUAUAUAAUUUUGGUGCAAACUGCCAAAUACAAUUAAUAGACAUUCAUAUUAUUGCAAAGAAAAUGAUAGUCAAAAUAUUUGGUGCUAAAAUAAAGACUGACAACAUAAUACAAUUAACAAACCAGAAUAUUAGAGCAAAUGUUAAUACAUAUGCUACUUUUUUCGAAAUUCUUUUUAAAUCAACGAAAAAAUGAAAAUUUGUAAUAAAUAAUCGUA